CGACACGAAAAUACGCUAGACUGGUUCUAACAAUAGUACCUUGACAAGUUCAGCACCGUAGAUUGACCGAUAUAGUAACUGCUAAUCCACAUGCGCGUUCCUGGGGCUUCAUCAUCUGAGGUCCUGAAUCAGGGGCCUCUGCCCUGUCAUCGCCCAUGAAACACUGAACUGCUACCUUCAACUGAUCUUACAGUGGUGACGGGAAGACGUUAGAAAUUCUCCUUCACAACAACUUGCGAUUAACAACACGUUGCAGUUAUCUCUCAUAUGUCGUCUCUUGAAGAAGUCGAGAUCGUCAAGCCUAUCGAGAACAUCCAUCCGGACAACCUCCAACGAGUACACAAGGACGUCGUCAUUCAUGUAUUCCGACAACUCGUAGAACACUCCCAUCCCUCCAAGGGGAAGGGUGACGUCACGACCACCGUCCAUGCUUUUGCCCACUCUCGGGUUGAGUGGCUGCACAAGGUCGUCCCAGAGCUCGAGACCCUGGCCGAGAAGUACCAUAUCGGCAAUUUCGUCGCCAUCAGAGGCACGAACCAACGGUUUUUCGAGAGCAUGCCAAUCUACGCACGCUUGGGCAUGCACCUGCUGUUUUAUGGGAAGGAACAGGUGAAGUUGCUGGAAGGAAACAAACUCGUCGAAGAUACCCUCCGCGAACAGAGCAUUCACCAAGGAAAAAUCUACGAUUCACCUGAAUCCGCUAAGAAUAUACCGUCCUUUAUCAAGAUGUACAACAUCCAGCUGGAUGAACUGCUGGAGCCGGAUAUCCACAAGUAUCACACUUUCAAUGAAUUCUUCUCUCGCAGGCUCAAGCCAGGCGCACGUCCCGUUGAGAACGUAGAUAACCCGAGGGGAUUCUGCAGUGCAGCUGACUGCCGCCUGGUGGUAUACCAGACCAUUAGUCUCGCAGAGAAGUUUUGGAUUAAGGGAGACGAAUUCUCUAUACCGUCACUCCUGGGUCUCGGUCCCACCGAUCCUGUUUGUGAAGCGUUGAGCGGUGGUUCCCUCGCCAUCUUCCGCCUCGCGCCUGCAGAUUAUCACCGCUUCCACUCACCAGUUGAUGGAAGAGUUCUGACUGAACAUCGGGAUAUCCCCGGUGAAUAUUACACCGUGAAUCCCCAGGCUGUCAAUGAACCUAACCUUGACGUGUUCACCCGAAACAAGCGCUCCGUCUUACUUCUCGAACACGAGGUCUCAAAGAAGCCGAUUGCAAUUGUCGCCGUCGGCGCACUCCUGGUUGGCAGCAUUGUCUGGACUUAUAAUAAUGAGAUAAAACGUGGUGACGAGGUUGGCUAUUUUGCGUACGGUGGCAGCACUGUAAUUACCGUCUUCCCACCGGGGCUCAUUGAAUUUGACAAGGACCUCGCCCUGAACUCGACUGGAAAGAGUGUAGCUGCCAACGGACAAGGAAGCAUUGAAACUCUCGUCAAGGUUGGGUACUCGCUGGGGAAGAUUCCAGAUACUGUGGAGUAAACUCGAGUACUGUCGCUGACCGAUGUCAAGGCGCCUAUCGAUAACCAAGUACAACUGUGACCUGCUGGUGGUGGCUUUUUCCAACAAGAGUUCACGUUCUGCCACAGGAAAUGGGUUGGUCAAGUCGACACUACUAUUACAUGCUUCGAUCCAUACUGCUCGGGUGUCUGGUCAUGAUUGAGUGUACCGUGAGGAAGAUAGAACUGGACAUAUUAGAGAUUGCAAGAGAUGACAUGUGAAG